AUGCCAUUCGUUAAAAUUGAGGAUUCCGAGCUGUUAUAUACUUAUAUAUUAGACUCUUCAGGUGGUCAUAACUCGAAUAUAUUGUCCAAUAAUAUAUCAUCGUACGCUCAUUAUAUCGAAAACCGAUCUAUGGUGCCAGUUGCAAAUGAUGUGAAAGACAUAAAUGGAACUAUAAUAAAUUGCGCUACAAAUAACAGAUACAUUGGAUGGGAGGCAUUAGGACGAUUAGGUAAUAUGAUGUUUCAAUAUGCCGUGAUAUAUAGUUUGGCCAAGGACACGGGUAAAAUUCCAACCUUAUUAGUAUCUACUGGAAAAUUGUCCUAUUUUUUUAAGUUAAGUUAUCAAGAAAUGCUCAAAUUACCAAGGAAUUGUGAUUAUAGUGAUCCUGCCUCCACUGGAUCGAAUGAGAUUAAAGUUAAAAGAUUCAGCCUUUUAGCAUUUGAUGCCUUACUAAUAGAUAAAGUAAAAAAUGAUGGGUAUAAAAUAUUCAGAGGACACCCUAAUUCAUAUAAAUAUUUUGAAAAAUAUCAAAAGGACAUCAAAAGAGAGUUUACUUUCAAGGAGAAAAUCAAAUCUAGAGCCGACAAAUUUUUGAACAAAAUAAAAGCGAGUUAUUUUGAGUCUAUUAUCAAGUCUGAAGUCCAGGAUCUGGUAUUCGUAUCCAUUCACAUUCGAAGAACGGACAUGUUCCAACAUAUGAAAGUUAACCAAGGGACCGUUUCGGGAUUAGCUUACAUUAAAAAAGCUAUGAAUUGGUUCAAGGGUUAUUUUGGCAUUAAAAAUGCAUACUCGAAUGACGACAGAUCCAAUAAAUCUUUAAACCAUCAUUUCGCGUUUAUAGCGUGCAGCGAUGAUUUAGAGUGGUCCCGCGAAAAUUUGGGGAAUAUCGACAAUAUAUAUUUUUGCCCGGGAAAUUCGCCGAUCGACGAUUUAGCCAUACUCGCAUCUUGUAAUCAUACGAUUCUAACACAAGGAACUUAUGGGUGGUGGGGAGCCUACUUGAGAGACUUGGGAGAUGGUAGCUUAACAAUUUACCCUUCAAACUUUUUAGCAAACACAUCAGUUCAAUUUAUCCUUAGAAAAUUUACAUACAAUCGUUAUUAUCCCAAAAAUUGGAUAGGUCUGCCGAUAUAA